AUGAUUCCACCGCGAAGAUCGCCAUUAAGAUCAUCACCUGGAGCAGGAAUGGCAUCACCUGUUUCUUCUUAUCAUCCAAGUCCACUAUCUCUUAUUCUGCAUUCACCAAUACCACCAUAUGUUCAUUCACCAGUUAUUAGGCCAACUCUUUCUGCUUCCCCGCCAGCAAAAUCUGUUCCAAAUUCUCCAGCUUCUCGUACAGGCUCUCCUCGCUAUUCAUCACCCUCCAGUAAGACAAUUGACGCUAAGAACAUAGCACAAAGAACUGAGCGAGCGUAA